GCUUCAAGAAUCAGCAAUACGACGCCGAUUCUAUCUCCAACCGAUUCUUUGAAGUUCCAGCGCCUACUUUGUCAUCGAUCGUCUACCAUUAGGGUUCUAUCUUUCGCGGCGGCGCUAAAUCCCACACAAAGCCGGCCAACCAAGUUCCGAGAGAGGAGUAGAAGAGAGAAAAAUGGGAGGCAAGUGUCCAAGCAGGAAGGUUAAGAAGAGAAGGUUCUCUCACAAGCAGGCUCGCCGCACCAAAUUCGAACUCAUGGGCGACGACGCGGUCUACGACCAGUUGCAGAAGCCCGACGGCGUUAGGAAACCGAUGCCCUUCGACGAGGAUUUGCCCGGCAUGGGCCAGCACUACUGCUUGCACUGCGACCGAUUCUUCGCAAACGUGACUGUGAGAGACGAGCAUUUCAAGACCAAGAAGCAUAGGAGACGGGUGAAGAUGUUGAAUGGACCUAAACCUCACACUCAACUUGAUGCCGAGUUAGCAGGUGGGAUGGGGAUGCCAGACAACGGUCCGAAGCUUAUGUCAAUGUGAACCUAAAAGAUUUAAUUCCUUCUCUUUACCUCGCAUCUUCCCUUUCUGUAGAAUUCGUUGAGAAGUUAGCAACUUAAAAGGUCAUCUCUUAACUUGUGUGACACUGCCCUAUAGUGUUUCUCCUGUUUCUGCAUCAAUACAAAUGGCAAUUAGCUACCCUCUAAGUACCAAGUCAAUUGCGAAUCGGCUACCUUCCCCUCGCCUCUUGCAAUUGCAUGCUUGUUUCCUUCAUGUUGCCUUAUUCAUGGUUGUAUCAAUUUCGUUGUCUUGUUCUGCAUUCAAUUCAAUUGAAUGGUGUUGUUGGUUUAGCCCCUGUGUCUUCUCUGCC